GCAUGGGGAUGGGGACUGUUGCCAUGGAAACGGGAUGCUGUUGCUGUGGGAAUGGGGUGGGGUUGUUGCCAUGGGAAUGUGCGGGUGUUGUUGCCACGGAAACAGGGGGUGCAGUUUCCCCGGGAACAGGAAGGGGGCGCUGUCGGCGGCGGUGCUGUGCGGUGACGUCACUGGUGUGACGUCACACCGCCUCGCAAGGCAGCAGAGCCACCACCCAGGGGACAAGUGGCCCCGGCAGUGUGUGACAGCCAGCCCGGGUGGCGGGGGACAGCGGCAUGGCCGGGAAGCCCAGACCCUCGGCCUCGCUGGCGCCCAGACCACCCAGCUCCUCGUGCAGCCCCCCUGGACGCCGCCGGUGCUGUGGGACCGGGUGACACUGACCUGCCAGGGCUCGGCCACCGCCGCUGCCACCACCUGGUACAAGGACGGGCAGCGCUGGUGGCAGUUGCAGGGACCCGACCGAUUCCGUGUCACCGAGAGUGGCACCUACCAGUGUCACAGACCCGGCACCGGUCGCAGCCCCACCGUGAGCGUCUCCAAUGCCUGGCUGGUGCUGCAGGUGCCGGCGCAGGCGCUGCUGGAGGGGGACACGGUGACACUGCGCUGCCGGAGCUGGCAGGACAAACCGGUGUCCUGGGUGUCCUUCUACCACGAGGAGAAACAACUGCAGCUGUUCCGCGAUGGGACCGAGCUGUCCCUGUCCCCUCUGCAGCUGAACAACACCGGCCGCUACCACUGCAGGGGCUUGGUGGAAGACAGGACGAGACAAACGUUUAUGAUGUCGGAGCCGGUGACGGUGACAGUGCACGAGCUGUUCCCGGUGCCGGUGCUGGAGGGUCCCCCCGAGCCCACCGAGGGGUCCCCCCUGAAUCUCAGCUGCCGCAGCACCCCCAGCCCCCUGCGGCCCCGAGCCCCCCUCCUGCACCUCUUCUACCAGGACGGGCGGUUGGUGGGGGGCCCGCAGGGGUCCCCGCAGCUCCUGCUGCCCGCCGUGGGGGUCUCCCACUCGGGGAAUUACAGCUGCGAGGUGCGCUCCGGGUGGGGGCCCGUGCGGAAGAGCAGCGCCCGGCUCCGCGUCACGGUGCGCAGGGUCCCGCUCUCGGGGGUGUCCGUGUCGGCGCAGCCCCCCGGGGCACAGGUGGCACUGGGGGACCGCCUGGUGCUGAGCUGCGCGGUGGCCGCGGGGACAGGUCCCCUGUCCUUCUCCUGGCACCGGGGGGACUCGUGGGCACCGCUGGGCACCGGCCCCCGCCUGGAGCUGCGCCACGUUGGGGACAAUGACAGCGGCCACUACCAGUGCAGGGCCAGUGACGGGGACAGCGUGGCCGAGAGUGUCCCCCUGAAUGUCACCGUCCUGGUGCCCGUGGCCAAUGCCACCAUCAGCCCCGGUGCCCUGGCACAGCCGGUGCGCGCAGGUGACCCCGUGACCCUGCGCUGCUCGGUGCAGGUGGGCUCAGCCCCUGUCACCUUCACCUGGCUGCGCAACGGCAACGAGGUGGCCCGGGGUCCCCUCCUGGAGCUCGGGGACGUCCAUGUGGGACAUUCCGGCACCUACCAGUGCGUGGCCACCAACCAGCUGGGACAGGACGGGCACCGCGUGUUCCAGGCGCUCAGCCCCGAGCUGGCACUGACGGUGACACCGCGGGGACACUGGGACACAGCAGUGGCCGCAGGGGUUGGCGGGUCCCUCCUGUCCCUGGUCCUGCUCGUGGGUGCCGCCGUGGGCUGGCACCGGUGGCACCGCCAGGCCCCCGGGAUGCCGAAGGACAGGACCUCCCCGGUGCCCUCCGAGGAGGGGGAGGUGUUUUACACCCACGUGGUGCCCACCAAGAGGCCAGGGGGGUCCCCAAGUGCCACCCCCGAGGCCCCCCAGGUGACCUACGCGGAGCUGCCGGGACCCCGCUGGCACCCAGGGGACGGCGGUGACAUCUACGAGAACGUGCUGUGACACUGGGGUGGCACCGGGUGGCGCUGGGGGACGCCAGGAUUGGGACUAAACCGGAGAUUUUUGGUGAAAACGGCAGAAAUUUAGGAAUGGGAUUCUCCGGUUUGGGGCUUCCCCUAAAAAUCCCUUCUUGGGAGGCCCCAGAAAUCCCGAAUUUUGGGAGGAAAUUCUCCCGGAAAAGGGAACAGGAUGAAAAAUGAA